AUGCCUGGCUACGAUCCUGUUCGUGAUGCCGGCGGCUCGGAUAGGUCGUCCCCACCACCAGCUCAUCAUGUAGAAAACAGUUCACGUCCUUCACCGUCAUCUUCUGCAUACGUCCAGCGUUCUGGAGUCUACUACGACGAUUCAAACUUGCCAAGGCGCAGCCUGUCUGGUCAGAGCUUGGACAAAUACGCCGAGCCCCACGGAUCAUACGGCCCUCACAGCACGCACGACGCUCAUGCUGGUCCGCCCCUUCCCUCCCCACACUCGUCUGCAUCUGCAUUGCCACCCCACCAUUACUAUCCGCGCGAGUCGCCGCGAUACGCAGACCACGAAUACGCAGCACAUCGUUCGGAUCGCAGCCCUCGGAAUUCAAUGCACAGCGACGGUCCAGCACAGCCGCCACGCAGCGCAUCAAUUGCAGACCUCAUCGCAGUGAGCGAAAUGUCAGAAGCCGAGCACGACAGGCAUCGUGAAGCUCACAGAUGGUCGACGCAGUACGGUGAAGAAGUGAUGCCUGACCACAGCAUGAGCAGGUCCAGCAGCGCAUCCGGUGGGUUUCAGGGAUCUUCAGCCUCGAUCGCUCACAGCUCAUCGUAUCCCCGCAUCUCACCACAGGCACCGCGCCAAGCAAGCCGAUCGGAACGAAGCCCAAGCAUGGCGCAUCUUCUCAACGAAGGCACAGCCGGUGCCAUCCAGGACCGACCUCGAUCCAGCUCACAUUCUUCCAUAUCCUCGCAUAUCUCACAUCCACCGCACCUACCACCACAGCAGCACCCCCACCACUCCAGUCAGAUGUCACCCCUCGGCCAUCCUUCCGCUUCUCAUGCGGCAGCGGGUCCAUCUACCCAUCUACGCGACCGCUCGACAGGAAGCUAUGCCAUCCUCGGCGGCUCCGGCUCCGGCUCGUAUCGAGUCAGCUCUCCGACCAGCGCUCAUCCGUCCGGCGUGCAUCCUCAGAGCCUGUCCACCUUGAAUCGAGGCGGCUCUAGUCCUUGUUUUGGAUCUAUGAGUCACCCUGUCGAGAGAGCUCGCCACGCAUCUCAGACUGGCUCAGUUGGCAUAGGUCCGUUACCGCGAUCUUGCUCCACCUCUUACGCAUACACAAGCGCUUCGUCAAGCCCAGCUUCCAACGCACAUGCACACUUGCAGCCGUCACCGUCGCAUCGCUUUGCUGUGCCAGAAGUACCCUUCACUCGCUCUCCCGAGAGCAGGCGUAUACCUUUACCUCAGUCGCCCACUUCCAUGCACCAACCUCACCUGAGGACGUCUCUGUCUCAUGGCCCGCCUCCCCUAUGGCAUGGAGACGAGUAUGAAGCGUCUUCAGCGGGCAUGCCACCUCCUCCGAUGAACACUUCGCCUCGUAGAAGUAGCACCGCCCAGGUCAUGCCGCCAAGACAUCCUCCCACAACGCCAGGCGCCGGCAUCCCACCAACGCCAGGAAGCGCAACAUCUUACAGUGGUUAUCCGGUCACUCCUGGCGCUCGCUCACUGCCGCCACACACACCAACCUCGGCUCACCAACGCUACAACGGCGGCGAUGGAGAUGAGGAGAGCAACUACUUCCCGCGUAUGGACGCAAACGCGUCUGGCGUCUACGACCAAGCUCGCGAGAGGCCCACCAGUCUGACAAGCCCGCAUCUUCGGCAGUUCGAGCAAUCGGGCCAUCCUGGGAUGGAUUACGAGCCAGCAUCCACAUCGGAUGAUCGUCGUGGCCUCAGUGAUGCUUCCGUCAGGGUUCGCACGCCAGGGUCAGGGUACCAUCAGCCUGGCGCAACAGGACGCUCGAGCAUGCAUCCACCCCCUUCUCUUCCUCCGUCUGCCGUAUCGCCGUCCUUUGGCCCGCAACGUUGGAAUCACAGCCACAUUGAGGACAAGGAGCUGCCACCGGCCAACGGCCAUAGCCGCGAGGAUGUGAGUCCAGACCGGGCGAGGCGCAGUGUCGAAAGCAUGUACGACUCGGGCCGCCGCGGCUCGCACACGCACGACGAUACAUCAAGAGGCAUUGCAAGGGAGGAGCUUACAUAUCACAACACUCAUGACCAGGAAGCAGCGGCAGCAGCUGCAGGUCAUGACAAGCACAUGUCUGUGGAGCGGGAGUUGAGUCCUGCGAUGUCUGCUUCUGAACGUGCGGCGCCAGCGGCAGCGUCGCAAGCACACACUCGACUAACGCACAAACAAGAGGAGAAGAGUGAGAGAAAACGUUCAAUCGCAUCAGAAAGGUCACAAGGAGGCGAAGGUGUCAAGGAGGACGACUCCCCAAGAGAGCAUGCAGAAGCAGAUGAAGGCCCAGCGGACAUCAAAGCACAGCCGACAGACACAAUUCCUCCGCUGCCACGCUACGCACCCACGAAGCGGGUGUCGCAGCCAAAGCAGGUGAUGCGGCCCAUCGGGAUCGAAGAAAUCGAUCGAAAGCGCGCGCGGUGUCGCAACGCGCUUCGACAUGAGUGGGAGCAGCUUCAUGGAAAGGACAGCAGGGAAGCGCUCGACGGUAUCCUGCGCGAAUUCCAUUCCAAAAUGGCCCAAUCGUCCGAGUCAAAGGCCACGUCCAACGGUGCCGACACGUCGUCGACGGAUGCCAAGAAGCGUGCGAUCGGAGAUACGCUCGAGGAUGCCGAGGAAGUGGCCGAUCACUACAACAAGCGACGAGAAGUAGGUGUCCAUGGUCGCGAAGAAUCACCCAUCAUUGCCCUACGCAAGUUCAACAACUGGAUCAAGUCGGUGCUGGUUGGCUCCUUUGCGCGUGGACGUGACCCAACGCUAGAUGGACGUACACGACCGCGAGGUGGACGCAUCCUAGACCUUGGCUGCGGCAAGGGUGGUGAUCUGAAGAAGUGGGAAAAGGUGCAACCGAGCGGUCUGGUGGGUGCCGAUAUCGCGGCGGUCUCGAUCGAGCAGGCUAUCAAACGUCACAGCGAAGUCAGUCAUAAGUACCCAGGCGACUUCUUUGCGUUUGACUGCUUCUCCGUGUCGUUGAUAGAAGUGAUCCCGCGAGAGCUGUUGGAGCCCAUGUUCGACAACGUCACUCUCCAGUUCUGUAUGCACUAUGCAUGGGAGGAUGUGCAGAAGGCAAGGGUGAUGCUGGACAAUGUGUCUCGUUACCUGCGCAAAGGCGGUGUCUUCAUGGGCACAAUCCCAGACAGCCGGGAGCUGCGAGACAGGAUGGUAGCCAGCGCGCACCCCGAGGACCGCUCGUUCGGUAAUCGCUACUACAAGGUGGUCUUUGAUCAGAUCGAUGCUUGGCCUGCAUUUGGUAACCGAUACACCUUCUUCUUGGAGGAUGCGGUGGAGAAUGUACCAGAAUAUGUGGUUGAUUUUGAAGUGUUUGAGGAUCUGGCACAGGAAGUCGGGUUGCGCUGCAUCUAUCGGAAGAACUUUGCUGAGAUCUAUCACGAAGGAUCGAGGCAGAACGAAUACGGCAAGCUGCUGGAAAGGAUGAGGGUAGUGGACAGAUAUGGGUCCUUGAGCUUGGACGAAGAGAUGUGGCAAGCAGCGACGCUCUACUUGGGGUUUGCUUUCGAGAAGAUGUGA